GGUUCCGAGAUAUCAACAUGGCAGCCUAGAGGCGUGCGCGAGUGAAACGCGUGCCGCAACCGUCGUUAAGCCGUUCACGUUAAUUUCAACUGUCGCUGCCGUCAUAUUUAUCGUUGAAUCGACUGACUAUUUCGGGACUUUCACUAAAGUGAGGAGACAUGUCGGACGACACAGAAGACGCGGGGGGCGACGAGCAGCAAAAGCCACAGAAGAAAGUCGCGAAGCACGAUAGCGGAGCCGCCGACCUAGAGAAAGUAACGGACUAUGCCGAAGACAAAGAAAUUCGAUCCCAGGACAUUAUGUGUGCUAUGUCCAUGAUUGGCGAUCGGCACUCAAAAGAAACAGCAGAAAAAGCGGCACGACAGAAGGAGCUCUCCAAGGUGGUCAUCAAGAAGGAAGACGUGGAGUUAAUUAUGCAAGAAAUGGAGAUUCCUCGAUCAGUGGCAGAACUCAAACUGCGGGAGCACCAAGGAAAUGUGGUUGAGGCCCUGAUAGAACUGACAAACUAAGCUUCGCGUGUGAUUAAACGUUGUGUGCCAUUUUAA